AUGGGAGAAGGAACCACACUCCACAUUCACUGCAGUAGUGUGACAUCCGAAAGUUGGAAUAGUAGCAUCGAGGAUGAGACCCUGUAUGUUUUGCGGCAGCGAGCACUGGAACAGAGCAGUCAGAAGACGAAAGCGAAACGACUGAGUGGAAAUGAGCCUAACAGUGGGGAUGAAAAUGGGAAUUUAGCGACGGUUACGUCAGAAUCAACAAGAAAUCAGCGGAGAACUGAAAUGGAGCAGGAGUUGAGCAGAAAGAAAAAACAAACGGUUUUACUUAUGUGCCGGGACAUUCCGGUCAUCAAUCCGGAAAAUCCGGCAAGAUUCUGUGAAGAGUUGGCAUUCUUUGAUACGGAAAGUCAACGGUCAUUUGUGACGGAAAAAAUAGCAAAAAAACUUGGUGUCAAGGUGCAAGAAGAGAUUUUAUCAAUCGCUGCAUUUGGGGCUAGCUCACCUAUCGAUCGAAAAAGUUGA